UUUUUCAGAGCUAAUCUUAUUGGUCAAAAGUCAAAUUACUCAACAAAAACAAAAAAAUAUCAGAAUUUGUCCGUCUGUGUAAACGCAGCCCAUGAUUCGAAUCAGCCAAUUGUCAGCGGGCUCACCUGAUUGCAGAUCUGAGAUGUGUUUGUGCCGCAAUAAGAGGUCAUUUGGAACGCGAGUGGAGAAGAACACACACGCGUGUUUAUAUGCGAUCACGUUGCUUGUACCUGGCUCUCUCCUAUCGAUGACCGAAGCUUCAGAAAUGACUAUCAAGAAAAGUAAAACCGUCGCGUUUGAAAACCGUGCUGGGGAUUUAACUGCGUUGUAUUGUAUGAGUGAUUGGAUGAUUGCAGUGGUUCUCGCUAUUAUUGCCAUGAUGUCUGUAUGGGCUACACUGAUCAUAUACAGAUCUAUACAGACACUGAAAGGUCCGAGAAGAAAGGUUGAAGAUGAAACUGAAAAGGACGGAAAGGAGACUACAACCGAAGAAGCACCCCUCUCUUGUGUCGAGUCAACAGAGGAGACCGAGGUGUUUCCAGAGGCACUGGAGAGCUGGGAUGGCGAGGGAUGGAAGAGGGAGCCCAUGGUACGGAUUCCAACAAUCGUUGAGGAUGUAGAACCCAUUGAGGGUAUCCCAACAACCAAUGACGAUCUACAAACCCUUAGACGGAGAAGAACGGACAAGAAGAGCGACGGUCCUUAUGCUGAGUUUCACCUCUGCUCUCCACCUGAAGACCACAGAGGCUUAUGUCAUCAUUAUGAAGGCCUAUGUCAGGUCUGCGGAGGUUCGUGUCAGGAUGACACACGGUCUCGGACUGACAAUACCCUGGAUGAGGAGGAACAGGCUACCAGUCACCAUUCCCUCAGUGACAUAAACAGUCAAUCUGGACAGACGAAGGCUACAGACUUGUAUAACCCGGUAGAGGAGGGUUUGAAGGAAGUUGAACUGAGGAAUGAUUGUCAGCGCACCGAGGAGUCUGUGGCUAGCCAUCCACUUACCUUUGCCAACAACUCUCAGGAAGCUCCACAAGUCAAUGAAACUCUCCCUGACAUGUUGACUGACUCUGGUCUACAAGAACCUGACCAACUGUCUGUUACGGAGAUCCAGGAAGGGAAAUGCCCAGGCGCUGUCAUGAUGACCAGCCAUGUGGCGGACUAUGAGAAGUCUAGAACCAUGGAGGAUGACAUGGAAGCGAUGGUUGAGGAUCUCUACAGUCACUUCCCGCAAGUGGACGAUCGUUCAGCAGGUUUCGAAUAUUGUGACGUGGCAAAUGCAUGGGUGGCGAAAAGAGACGAUCUCCAUGACCGUGAAAACGCUCGACAACCGGCUCAAAGCUGGAAUACAACAGGGAUUGACCCUACAGCGAGGAUGACGAGCAACCCCCAGGAACUGUUUGACCAACAGCCAGACAGUCUCUGCACUGAUCCCAACAGAGACUGUGUUCUUCGUGACAACGCAAUGGAAGGGUUAAGCAGGGAGCCGACGGAAGCUCGAGACACCCAUGUGAUUUCUGAGCGGAAGGGAGAGGGGGUUGAUAAGAGCAUGGACACACGGGUAGAGAGCAGUUGUCAGGAAGUUGAAAUAAACAUCAUGGAAGCCACUAUGGACUACAAUGAAUGGAUGACUGUAAGUGUCACAGAUGCAGAGGGUAACGCUGACACUACCCGGGUGAGGAUAAGCCACUCUUCCGACUGCUCUGCCGAGGCGGAGCAUCAUCAUCCCACAGAAACGCAGCACAAUGCAGACGAUUCAACAAUCACUGAAACGCCCACAUCAAAGGUCAAAGAAGCUGAAACCACACCUGUAUCACUAGAUGGAGACCUGCAGGAGAAUAAAAUGGCAGCUGUGUUUCCUAACGAACCCCAUGCAGUACAGGUGAGGUUCUGUAUCCACUAUCACACCCUGUCUCCUCGGCAGGAACUGGCUGUGACUGGGAACCAACCGGAGCUGGGGAGCUGGAAGGACUUUGUUCCGCUGGAGAGGGGCCAGGACGGGUUCUGGGCCAGCUGGGUCGCCCUCCCUGCGGAGAAACUGGUGGAGUGGAAGUUCGUUCUGGUGGAGAAUGGAGAAAUCCAACGCUGGGAGGAGAGUGAGAAUAGACACCUGGAAACGGGUCAUGGCGGCGGCGUGGUGAACCUCAACAGGUGGUGGGGCAUCCUCUGAGUGAGCAACCAGUGGGAGGAGAAGUGGAUGGCACUAGUGGUCAUUCUCUUUCGUAGCAUUCUAAGAAGUGUACUAGUAAUCUAUUCUAAGUGGUGUUAGCAGUGUGUGGCUCUUGCAUAGGAAGAGGACUGACUGGCGCAAGGGGUCGAUCAUAGAGGACUUGGUUGCGUCCCAAUUUCUUACCCUUCACCCUGUGCACUAAUUCACUUUUUUUUUUUUUCUCUUUGCAUUUUAAAAAGCAGUUUCCAACAUAUUCCAUACCCUGAUCCUUUUCACAGGGAAGUAAUUGAGUGUAGAUACUUUACCAAAAGUGUAAUCAGGGCUCUCUCUGGUCCUUUUAUGUACUGCAUUAUAGCAACACAACUAUUAAUCAAGUGGACACGUCUUAAGUCAAUGGCGUAAUGCAAAGGUAGAGUUGGAUGAAUGUCAAUUUAGUAUGGCGCUUGGAUAUUGUCCAAUGUAGGAUGAUGAUUCACUACUUUGACUAGAGCAGCUCUGUACUACGUUGGGCUUCGACACCAGCAUUAUUUGUGCUGUGGCAGUAUAGCAAUAAUCACUGCAAUAAGUGUUAUCCAAGUAUUUUACAUGUUUUACUGCAGUUACUCAGGCUGUCUUUUUGUGAUUGUGAAAUGGGCUGUUUAUAUUUACCAGAAAUAGAAGUGUACUCGUAACCGUCAACCGAUAUAGGUCAGUGAAUUGUUAUUAUGCAAAUACUGUGAUGCUGGAAUUUUAAAUGUCAUAUCUCUACAUCAGAUCUUAGCUUUCUUGAAUUAUAUUUGUAUAUAGCUUCACCAGGUCCCUUAACCUUUUUGAUAAUACAUUUAUCAGUGUUCAUGAAUGUUUUUGACAUGUUUAUUCACUUUGGUUUGGUUUACUUAGAUUUUAUUUUAGCACAAUUGAUGGCGUCUUGGUUCUAAUCUUUUAAUAAUAAAAUGUCUUAUGAUUGCAAUGUGGUUAACGUACCUCUGUUAUAUUUAGCUUAAGUAGUGUUCUGUCUUAUUACCCAAUAAACAUAUUCUCCUGGAA